GGAAACACAGAAGAAAAAUAGUGAAUUUUUCUCUAAUUCCCUGUAAUUUUCCACCAUGGCGAGCAAGGGACCCGCUUCUGAGACGGCGGGCGUGAAGCCCAUGGCAAUUGCGGGGCGGCUAGUGAGAGAACGCGAGCGUCUCUUCGGUAUGACCGAUGCCGAGCGAGCCUGGAGAAAGCAGUGGCUCAAGGAUCAAAUUCUCGCUCCCCAUGAGCCAGUCCAUGUGCCGCAAUACCACCAAGAGCUGACUAAUCCCAUUCGCCGCUUCUACCAGUGGCCACUUAACAAAUUGUGGGAGAAACUGACGCCUGCACUGGGCCAUUACCGCGCCUACACUAUUCGGUUCUGGGCAGGGAAGGGGCUGAUGACGUUGACAGCACUCUACCUUGGCUUCUACUACUUCAAAUACAAUCAAAAUGAUUGGACCAGGAAAGGAGGCUGGCGUGUCAUUGAGUCUCGUAAAGCUGUUGUUCCUGGCGAUCCUGGCUAUCCAGCUGUGUCAGACCGGACAAAACCCGCAGAUUACGCCUCUCGUGGAUUCAAGGAGUCCCCGAUAUAAAGGAUUCAUUGUCAGGACUUUCCUGGCUGAGAAUCAAUGAAUAGAUUACUUGUACAUUGA